UGUAUUAUGCACCUCCAUCUCCACCGUUCGCUCCACCUAUCGCUGCUCGCUGAUUUUUUAGUAUGGCAGUAAGCACUGGUCGGGUAGGAUGGCUCGUCUGUUGCUGUUAAGGUCUUCCCUUAAGAAUGGCGUGCGGCUGUUGUCGUCGCAGGCCCUGGAGAUGCCAGCUUGCGAGUAUGAACCUCCCCCUUACAAAGGCCCAGAUUAUAACCAUAUACGACAAGUGAGGGGGAGCUUGCUCAACCCUGCCCUCCUCACAAACUUCAGUAGCCCACUUCUCAUAUAUGAUGGGUACAUGCAAUGGCUCUUUGAUCACACUGGUAAAAGAUACCUAGAUCUCUUCGGAGGAAUUGUUACCAUCAGCAUUGGACAUUGUCAUCCGAAAGUUGUAGCUGCUGCCACAGAACAGAUAAAUAGACUUUGGCAUACAACCAACAUCUACCUGCACCCCAAGGUUCAUGAAUACGCAGAGCGGCUAACUCAGACGCUUCCUGGAGACCUCAAAGUUGUGUACUUUGUCAACAGUGGCUCUGAUGCUAAUGACCUGGCGAUGAUGAUGGCCAGACUCUACACCAAAAAUUUUGAUUUAGUUUCCCUUAGAAAUUCUUAUCAUGGAGCAUCUCCCUACACAUCUGGGCUUACUGCCAGUAACACUUGGAAGUAUAACUUUGCUAAUGGUUUUGGAAUUCAUCAUGCAGCAAAUCCUGAUCCCUAUAACGGACUCUGGGGUGGCCACAGAGACUCUCCCGUGCAAUCUGUUCGUGCCAGUGAGAGUGAGUUGGUAGAUGGAGUAUGUUCUUCAGCAGAGAAAUAUGUACGCCAACUGGAAGAAAUUUGUAUGUAUUCUAUCCCCAAAAAGAAGCUUGCAGGUUUCUUUGCAGAAUCUAUUCAGGGAGUUGGAGGAACUGUGCAGUUUCCCUUAGGCUACUUGAAGAAAGCCUUUGAACUGGUGCGCUCCAAUGGAGGAGUAUGCAUUUCUGAUGAGGUACAAACUGGAUUUGGUCGUACAGGAGAGCAUUUCUGGGGAUUUGAGGGACAUGACGUAAUACCUGAUAUUGUGACCAUGGCUAAAGGCAUUGGUAAUGGUUUCCCACUUGCUGCUGUUGUUACAACACCUGAUAUUGCCAAAACCAUGACAGGAGCCUUACAUUUCAACACCUUUGGUGGUAACCCAAUUUCCUCAGCAGUUGGUCUAUCUGUUCUAGAGGUAAUAGAGGAAGAAAAGAUACAACAGAACUCCUUAGAGGUGGGGACAUAUUUCCUGCAAAAGUUGGCUAAACUUCGGGAAGACUAUACAAUAGUGGGCGAUGUACGAGGAAAGGGCCUAAUGAUCGGCAUAGAAAUGGUACAAGAUAAGACUAACCAAACGCCCCUCAAUCCACAAACGAUGAUGGACAUAUGGGAUGCUUGUAGAGAUCUUGGUGUCAUCCUAGGGAGAGGCGGCCUUUAUGGAACUGUCUUUAGGAUCAAACCUCCAAUGUGUAUUACACAUGCAGAUGUAGACUUCACUAUAGCAGUAUUGCAGCAUGUAUUGGAUGAAACCACCAAGACGCUAUAAAUCUAACCCUUAAUUGAACACACACACACA